ACUUGAAACUACCACCAUCCUUCUCACUCGGUCUUUCACAUUUUCCUGACAGAAAAGAAGAUUAUGAUAAAGACUAAGAAAUCUGAGUGACGUUUGAGCUAAGCUCUUCAGCCGUGUGAACCCACAUUUGGUUUGCGCUUGAGGAAGCGAGCAAUGGCUGCGGCUCUGGAGUGCUGGUCGAGCCGAGCUAGUACGGACGAGGAUAUGGUGGAGCAGGUGCUGAUGAGGACGCAGGACAGAUCGGAAGGGUCGCCUCCGGGGGGCUCCGCCGGAGCCGCAGCAGCCGGAAUCGGAGCAAAGGAGUCUUCGUCGAUGCAGAAGCGGCUCCAGAGGCUGAGCCGGAACGUGUCGGAGGCGCUCGCAUCGCUGAAGAACUCGCUGAAUCUCGACUCGGCACGUGACCCCCCACCUCCCUCGUCGUCGUCGUCGCUAAAGAUCGAAUCCACUAGAAAGGUUGUGUGGGGCAGCGUCGUAAGAAACCUCACGCAGCUCUACCCCGGUAGCCAACUCCCGGAGAAGCUCGUCUCCAACAUUCGCAGGCAUUACGAUUCGUUGCCGCUCAGUUAUGCUCAAGCGGGAUUUGAUAUGAAAGAAGUGUUCCUUCAUAUCAAGUUGAUAGAGGAGGCAUCAGGGGAUGACCACCCUGCGAUGUUGAUUCAAGAAGUAUCAGAUGAUGAAGUUCAAGGGUCUGUAUUCAAGCUCACAUUUGCAUGUAACUCUUCGAUUUCGUGGCCGGCAAUGUCGGGGGCACUGGAUAGCGCCUCCAUUUGCUGCAAGAAGAUUCAGAUCUUUGAGAAGAAGGGGUUCACUCUUGGGGUUGUUCUUCUUCUGGUUCAAGCUGGGCAAGAGAAAUCGGUCAAAACCCGGAUUGAAAAUGCUCUUAAGUCGGCUAUAAAGAAGCCGAAAACCAGUGCAGUGAAGCUCCCUUUUGGGCUAUGUGGGUGUCAGGAAGAGAGCACCAAAGGGAUAGACUUCGGAGAGAUUGAAGAAGAACCGGGUGACCAAAGUUAUAGAAAUGGAGUUGAGAAUUUGAGCACUAAGAUUCAGCUUCAGAUGCCAUUACCCACAUCGUCUUUUGUAGUAUCGGUUGAUGAAUGGCAGACAGUUCAGUCAGGCGGGGAUGAGAUUGGGAAAUGGCUGUUGAGCUCGGACAAUCUUGAGUUUAUUGAUCAAAUUGGACCCAAUUCAUUUAAGGGAGUUUACAAGGGCAAAAGGGUUGGAAUUGAGAAACUUAAGGGCUGUGACAAGGGGAAUUCUUAUGAGUUUGAGCUCCGAAAGGAUCUGUUGGAGCUCAUGACUUGUGGGCAUAGAAACAUUCUGCAAUUCUAUGGUGUUUGUGUCGAUGAAAGUCAUGGGUUGUGUGUGGUGACAAAGUUGAUGGAAGGUGGAUCAGUUCAUGACUUAUUGCUAAAGAGCAAGAAGCUUCAGAGUAAGGAAAUUAUAAGAAUUUCUGUUGAUAUCGCGGAGGGGAUUAAGUUCAUGAAUGAUCAUGGUGUUGCGUACAGAGAUCUCAACACGCAGAGGAUUUUAUUGGAUCGGCAUGGAAAUGCUUGCUUGGGGGACAUGGGUAUAGUUGCUGCUUGCAAUAGUGUCGGUGAGGCCAUGGAGUAUGAAACUGAUGGUUAUCGGUGGCUAGCCCCAGAGAUAAUAGCUGGUGACCCAGAGAGUGUUUCUGAGUCAUGGAUGAGUAAUGCAUACAGUUUUGGGAUGGUGAUUUGGGAGAUGGUGACUGGUGAGGCAGCUUAUGCUGCAUUUUCACCUGUGCAAGCAGCGGUUGGGAUUGCUGCUUGUGGCCUUAGACCAGAGAUCCCCAAGGACUGCCCACAAAUUCUAAAAGCUUUGAUGACAAAGUGCUGGAACAAUAUCCCUUCAAAGCGCCCUCAAUUCUCUGAUAUUAUAUCGAUAUUGCUGCGGCCAAACAACAGCAACAAUAACAGAAGAAAGGAUUCACAUGAGCAGGUUAUAUCUGGUAAAGCAUGAAGGCUGCACAUGCAUGACUAAGAGAAAAAAAAAAAAAAAAAGAAAAAAAAAAAAGAAGUAAAGAAAACAGAGCUCCACAUGCGUGACAUGUGCAUGUGACUAUUCAACUCCAAGUCAAGGAAAAACACCGAAAGGCCUGCAUUUACCAAAGUAACAACUCUAUUAAAGUAAUAAUUAAGUUCAUUGUAAAGGUUUAUAUUCCUAUGGUUCUGUAUAUAUAUACCAUAAGCUACGAAAAUAGUAGAGCCUUUUGCAUCUAAGAAAUUAAUUACCACCCAAUCUCUCUUUCUCUCUA